ACAGUGGGUGAAAGGGAGUGGGAGGUACAGGCUUCCAGUUAUGGAAUGAAUAAGUCAUGACAAUAAAAGAUACAGCACAGGGAAUAUAGUCAGUGGUAUUGUAAUAGCAUUGUAUGGUGACAGAUGGUAGUGAUACUUAUGGUGAGCACAGUAUAACAUAUAGAAAAGUUGAAUCACUAUGUUGUACACCUGUAACUAAUGUAAUAUUGUGGGUCAAUUAUACUCAAUUUUUUUUUAAAAAUCAGGUGAAAACAUGUAUGAUGCAUUAAAAAAGAUGUUGUAGGUACACUUUCAAGGGAGUCAACCCUAGCACGUCGCAGUCAUGGUGUGGUGCGGUAGCGUGUGGUUCAGAAAGUAUGGAAACUUCAUUGAUAACCUAAGACUCUUCACCAGGGGAGGAAGUGGUGGAAUGGGUUACCCUCGUUUAGGUGGAGAAGGUGGAAAAGGUGGUGAUGUCUGGGUUGUAGCCCAUAAGAAAAUGACUUUAAAACAACUUAAAGACAAAUAUCCUCAGAAACGGUUUGUGGCUGGAGAAGGAGCAAAUAGUCGUGUUAAUGCACUGAAAGGCUCCAGAGGAAAAGACUGUGAAAUUCCUGUACCUGUGGGUAUUUCAGUAACUGAUGAAAGUGGUAAAAUUAUAGAAGAACUCAAUAAAGAGAAGGACAGAAUUUUGGUAGCUGAAGGAGGUCUUGGUGGUAAAUUACUUACAAAUUUCUUACCAUUGAAAGGCCAGAAACGAGUCAUUCACCUUGAUCUAAAACUUAUAGCUGAUAUAGGCCUAGUAGGAUUCCCAAAUGCAGGAAAAUCCCCUUUGCUAAGUCAGGUUUCUCAUGCAAAACCUGCAAUCGCAGAUUAUGCAUUUACAACAUUAAAGCCUGAACUUGGAAAGAUUGUGUAUAAUGAUUUCAGACAAAUAUCAGUAGCUGAUCUUCCUGGUUUAAUAGAAGGAGCGCAUAACAAAGGAAUGGGCCGCAAAUUCCUCAAGCAUAUAGAAAGAACUAGACAACUACUUUUUGUUGUCGAUAUUUCUGGAUUUCAGCUUUCUUCCCAAACUCAAUACAGAACUGCCUUUGAAACCAUAAUACUUCUUACAAAAGAGUUGGAAUUGUACAAAGAGGAACUUCAGACAAAACCUGCACUCCUGGCAGUUAAUAAAAUGGACUUGCCAGGUGCCCAAGAUAUGUUCCAUGUGCUGAUGAAUCAACUCCAGAAUCCUAAAGAUUUUUUGCAUUUAUAGAAAAACAUGAUUCCAGAGAGGACUGUGGAGUUCCAACACAUCAUCCCCAUCUCUGCAAUUACAGGAGAAGAAAUUGAAGAAUUAAAGAACUAUAUAAGAAAAUCUCUGGAUGAACAUGCCAAUCAGAAAAAUGGUGCAUAUCAUAAGAAACAGUUGCUUAAUUUACAGAUUUCUAAUACAAUAUCUUAUAAUGAGCCACCACCAAAUAAUGGUGUUACUAGUCCCAGAUAGAUGUAAUUUAAAUCUAUUAAAAAUGAUAUC